AUGUCUACCACAAGUAGUGCCAAGAACACAAUCAAAUUGAACCAUUCUCGAGUUGCAGAGGUGGAAGAAGGCGACAUACAGGAACUAAGUGCCAUCGUAUCGUCGCAUGGCGUUCCCAUCCGGUACGUGGACGCCAAAAGCGCCACGUCGGACCAGCAGGUGCUGGCAGAACUGGGAUACAAAGAAGAGCUUAAACGUGAGUUUUCGCCGCUGCAGAUCUUCGGUGUAGCGUUUUCCAUCAUGGGCUUGCUGCCGUCAAUCGCCUCAACGCUGGACGGGGGCCUCACGGCUGGCCCCGUGGGGCUCAAUUGGGGGUGGUUCGUCGCAGGGAUCUUGAUUCUGUCCAUCGGUGUGGCCCUCGCAGAGCUAUCGUCGUCGAUCCCCACUGCAGGCGCAGUCUAUGUGUCGUGCUACCAGUGGGCUCCUGCACGGGUCCGUAAAUGCAUCUCGUACUCCGUCGGGUUUCUCGACACCCUGGCUUUGAGUGCCUCGGUGUGCUCCAUCGUGUACGGUCUUGCACAGCAGAUUCUGUCCGCGGUCGUGGUGACAAACCCGGAUUUCGACGUUACCAACCCAAUCAGCUACGGUGUUUUCGCCGCGUGCAUCAUAGUCAUGUCCCUGGUGACUUCAAUGACCUCCAAGUUCACGUCCAAACUGCAAACAAUUUCGAUCGUGGCCAACUGCUUCGUCAUCGCCUUGUUGUUCAUCGUGCUGCCAAUCGGCGUGAAACGGUCCGCUAAGCUCGACUACAGCUUCAACGACGCCAAGUUCAUCUUCGGCAAAGUCGAAAAUCUCAGCACCUGGAACACCGGGUGGAACUGGUGCAUUGCCGGUAUGAUGCCUGCGAUCUGGACCAUUGGAGCUUACGAUUCGUGUUUGCACAUGGCAGAAGAAGCGCGCGAUGCACCCAGAUCCGUCCCAAUCGGGAUUGUGGGCUCCAUUUCCGUGUGCUGGAUUCUCGGAUGGCUCGUCUGCAUCGUUCUUUUGGCAUGUAUGGAUUCUGACAUCAACAACGUCGUCAACUCUGCAUACGGUCAAGGUAUCACGCAAAUCUUCUACGAUGCCCUGGGAAAAAGAUGGACGCUAGGAUUUUUAGCACUUCUCAUCAUUUGCCAAUUCCUAAUGGGCGCUUCGACCGUUGUUGCCAACUCCAGACAGUUCUGGGCUUUUGCCCGUGAUGACGCUAUCCCAAUGAGUGGAUUUUUCAAGAAAGUCGACAAAAGAACAUCAGUGCCCAUCAACGCUGUUUGGGGAUCCAGUGGACUUGCCUUGGCCUUGGGAUGCUUGUGUUUUGCAGGAGAUACCGCCGCUGACGCCCUAUUCAGUUUGUCCGUGGCAGGCAUGUACAUGGCUCUAAUCUUCCCAAUUACGUUGCGUCUCACAUAUGGUAAAAACGAUUUUACACCUGGUCCAUUCUACUUGGGCGAUUUUUGGUCUCCACUCGUGAACUGGUUUGCCGUCCUCUCCCAAGCGUUCAUCAUCAUUAUGAUGAUGUUCCCUUCCGACAAGGGCGUCGCACCGGAUUCUAUGAACUACACUGUCGUCAUUGGUCCUGGAUUCUGGGCCAUCAGUCUGAUCUACUAUUUCUUAUGGCAGCGGAAAUUCUAUAAGGGACCAAAAUCGAAUCUGACGGACGAAGAGUUCCGCGAGUGCGUAGGAGAGGACGUUAUCGAUGCCAUAAUGUCGCAGAACUACGAGACUUUGAAGAAUCGCAUGGUCUAG